AGUACUUUGACAUUUGCCAUUUUGACUUCGAUUCGAUUUGUUUUCCCUUCGGAAUGGCUAUUAUGUAAAAAAACCUAUUUUCCUCUCUAAUAAGCAAAAACCAAGCAUAUUUUAAGCCAUAUAAUGAUACGUUGUGCAUUUUCUGCUUUUCGAGGACUCCCUCUACGUCUGACUUACCCAAAUGCUAGCAAAAUAAUUCAUCAAGAUGUAAGGAACUUCUCAGCAAUUAAUACAAGGAACAACUUUAUUUGUACUGUCCCAAUAAUCAAGGAAAAUUUAAUCAACAACAAAACAAUAUUAGAUUUAUCUUCUAACUUUAAUCAAGUUCCAGUACGAACUGUGACUAAAUUUAGUAUUAACAAAGGUAAAAGGAAAACUGUAAAAGCAGCAGUUAAAAGAUUCUUUAGACUCCAUUGGGGUGGUUGGAUUAGAACGAAAAUUGGUAGACAUAAGAAAUUAUGGAAAAAAUCACAGCCGCAGAAGAGAAGAUUAAGGCAACAUGUCUUCUGUAAUUCCACACAAAGUACUUUACUUGACAAAAUGGUGACUAAGUUUUGGAAGAGACCUAAAUAUUAUGUUGAUGACCCCUAUGCACCUUACCACACAAGAGAAGAAUUUUAUCUAACUAGAAAGAAGCCCAGAUGUUAAUUUUGAGAUCUAUCUUAUAUAUUUUGUAGUCAUGAUAAGGUUCAUUUCAAAUAAAUGUUAUAAUCUACAUUUUAA